UGUCUGGACAUAAAUAGCUCUGCAUGAUAAAACCAGUUAGUUUGGACGAUUGAGAGAUGGAAGUCACGCUCGUCCUCCUCGUGGUUGUUACAGCCGUGUCUGGCUGUGGCGUUCCCGCCUAUCAGCCCAACACCAGCCGCGUGGUGGAAGGCGAGGAGGCCCGUCCCUACAGCUGGCCGUGGCAGGUGUCUCUGGAGUCUUUCUUCCCCACUUGUGGAGGAACUCUCGUUGCUCCUAACUGGGUCUUGACUGCUGCUCACUGCAUCACAUUCCACACCUACAGGGUCGUCCUUGCAGAGCACAACAUGGACAAAGAGGAGGGACCGGAACAGUUCAUUAUGGUGGACAAAAUGUUCAUCCAUCCCAAAUGGAACGACGACUGUGUGUCCUGUGGGAACGACGUCGCGCUGCUCAAACUGGAGAAAAAGGCCGUCGUCAACGACAAAGUGGAGCCGGCCUGCCUGCCUCGGCGCGACGCCGCUCUCGCCCACAACCAGCCCUGCUACGUCACAGGCUGGGGUCGACUCUACUCCGGGGGCCCCCGUGCGGCUGCGCUGCAGCAGGCCCUCCUCCCCGUGGUGGAUCACGCCACCUGCAGUCACAGCGACUGGUGGGGGGCCUCGGCGAAGACCACCAUGGUCUGCGCGGGAGGAGGGAGCAAGUCGGCGUGCCACGGCGACUCCGGAGGCCCCCUGAGCUGCCGGGGCGGAGACGGGAGGUGGUACGUGGAAGGCGUGACCAGCUUUGUGGACGGACGGGGCUGCAACACCGCCCGGAGGCCCACGGUCUUCACCCGAGUGGCCUCUUUCAUCCCCUGGAUCAGUGAGACUAUGGCCCAAAACUGAAGAGGUUUCCGAAAACCAAAGAAGUGAUUGGACAAUAAACUGCAUGAUGUCAACUCGACACUUC